AGACAUUGGAACGGGACGUCUGGCAAUCGAAUAAAAGGGGAGGGAGGAGUGAUUUCGCGCGUUGAACUGAUUCCGAAUAAUUUCCAAGAGAUUCGCGAGCCACGGCGUCAACGUUUAACGAUCGAGUAUAGAAUCGAGCAAGCGAGUCCGUCCGCGAAGACCUGACGAGAUGUCCGUCAUGGGAAAGCCGGUACUCUACUCCUAUUGGCGGAGCUCCUGCUCGUGGAGAGUGCGAAUCGCACUAAACUUGAAGGAGAUCCCUUACGAUAUAAAGCCAGUGAGCUUAAUAAAAGGAGGCGGUGAGCAACAUUCCAAUGAGUUUCGUGAGAUUAAUCCCAUGGAGCAGGUGCCGGCACUUCAUAUCGACAAUCACACGUUAAUAGAAUCUUUGAAUAUCUUGCAAUACCUGGAAGAGACCAGACCACACCGACCUUUAAUGCCUGCAGAUCCUGUGAAGAGAGCUAGAGUCAGGGAGAUUUGCGAGGUGAUUGCUAGUGGUAUUCAACCGUUGCAGAAUCUAGUUGUGUUGAUAUAUGUUGGGGAAGAACGUAAGAAGGAAUGGGCACAGCAUUGGAUUACAAGAGGUUUAACAGCUGUAGAAAAAUUACUGUCGUCCAGUGCAGGGAAAUACUGCGUGGGGGAUGAAAUUACACUAGCAGACUGUUGUUUAAUACCACAAAUAUUUAACGCGAGAAGGUUUCUCGUCGAUCUGAGACCUUUCCCAACAAUUUUAAGAGUAGAUCGUCAUUUAGAGAAUCACCCUGCCUUUACCGCUGCUCACCCAAAUAAUCAGCCUGAUUGUCCUCCAGAGGCAACCAAGUAGCAAGCAAGGCAGACCACCCUCUUCCUCUUCUAAUUUUAUAGAAACGGAAAGGGAGGUGGUCCAAUAUUUUGUAGUUCUAUGGUGAGAAAAGGUGAUGCAACUCUAUUUUUAUUGAAAUUGACAACACACAAUUAUGUUAUACAUGCGAUAAUAACGCAUGCAUAGAGUUUCCGAGAUCGAAACGGGAGGGGGUGAAUUUUAUUGAUAAGGGUGUGAAGUCGUGUAACUUGGCUGUAACACCUAAUGUACCAGUCUUACUUUUAUUUGUUCUUCAUAAUUCUUUGGGAUCCCUGUUAAGGAUACUACAAUCAAACAUAGCUACAGGUAUUUUAGAUAUUUUUUCAUAGAUCAUUGGUUACUUGUUUGUAACGCGAAUAGUGCACCUUUUGUCACUUGUGAACUACGUUUAGGUAUCGAGAUGGUAAACAGUGUAGAGUAGAGUAUUCGACUCUGUAAUAAUUUUCAGUUAUACGUAAAGUGAAAAUACGUGAUGCGUCAUCUGUUCCAAGAUGAGAUGAAACACUGUACCAUUCCCAUACUUACACAGAGAAUAGGAAUGUUGGCUUAUGUUUAAUUUUGUUAUGUUUUUUCAGUGGUUUUAAAUGCAUAAUCAAAAUUACUCGAAUUCGUCUUCGUAUAGUACUUGCAUAUUAUUUUGUAAAGUGUAUUGACCUAUUCCAAAUAGGUUCUGUUGUCUGAAAUCAAAAGUUUACUUUUUAUACUCAUAAUAAUAUAAUUUUUCGAUUAUUUUUAGCUUACAUAGAUUAAGGAGAAGUGUUGCUAUUAAAUAAUAUUAGAUAAAAACUUUAAAUCCUUUACUGAAUAUAAAGUAGCAGAUUCGAACGUUGCAGGAUACACGCAUACUAACAUACAUUGAAUAAAUAGAAAAAGAAAAUGUGUAAUAAGAGAACGCAAUCUGCUCAAACUCCAGAUAAAAUACUGAGGAAUGAAAAGUACAAAUCAAAUUUCUUUCAUAAAGCAUUUAUCCUGUGGGUACACUUCAUUUUUCCUCUAUAAACUUGUGUCGGUCCACGAGUAAUUGUUGGAGAUAUUUGAUACAAUGUAACUUUGGAUUUCGUUGUUAACUUUAAAAGAUAGAAAAGUGUGCUCGGCGUUGAUAUGUACCAUAAGCUCGUAACGCGUACCUUGGAGGAAUACAUCGAUUCCCCUGAUACGCAUAUUGAGACUUAAAAAAAAAAAAACGUGGUAGAGAAUUACGAUUAAGAUAUAUAUUUGAAAAUUGUGUAGAAUGUUUCCUUGCUUCAAUCUUGAGCACACUUUAAUACUUUCCAAUGUAUUUUUUGCAGGACAUAAUCUUAUAUAGAGAUACAUGUUUGAUCGUAUCGCCUAUAUUGUAUAACUUAAAUAUAUUUUGUAGUUUUAUACACGAACAAUACGUUCAUUGUGCGAUAAAGACCACAGGCGUCAGGAUGAAACUGAACUACAGUAUCGUACGUUAUCGAGAACUCGUUCUACUGACAUUGUUACUGCCUGGUUCUUUCUUGCCAUUGCUUUCCACGAAAGUGAAGACUAAUCCUUUUUGAUUUGUAACUAAAUCGUACGAUUAAAAUGAAAACUUUCGAAAGUAAUCGUUCAUAGGCUCGCCUAUUCGGAAUUUAUGUUACGAAUUACUCAUUAAAUUAAGGUAUUCCGUACCGCGUUAGGUGAUAACGGAGGGGUAUUUGUUUGCAUGCUUCUUCAACUAGGCGGCUAGGAAUUAUAUAAUUUAUACUAUAACAAAGAAGAAUGACAGAGAUAUACAUUUCAUACUUAGACGUGUGCAUUAUACAAGUGAAUGAUUAGAUAAUAAUGUAUAUAUAAUUUUUAUACAAGAUGUUCGAAUGUUGCAUGCAGAAAAGCACUAUCAGCCCGAAUCACGUUCGAGAAGGCUGUCCAUACUAUCUCAGCAAGAGUAUCGCAUGUCGUACACAUAUGAUAGGGGUUCGUAGAGGACGUAGGAAGGAAUGCAAACAAGUGACACCCUUCGACUAUAAUCGCAUCAAAAUAAUUUCUGCGUCGAUCCCAACUAUGGAUGUAAGAAAGAAAAAAAAACGAGGUGUGAUGAUUGUGAGAAGGAAAAUCCAACUCGUUUGUUUUUAACUCACGUGAUAUUUGUUAUUCUUAUAAUUGAAUAACGCGAGAGAAAUGGAUAAUUUUCCGUGGAAUUUUUUUAAACGAUAUCGAUCUACCUUUGGUAUUCAGGAUAUCGCGUAAAAAAUUGUUAAGCUGGUCAACAAAUUUGUAUUGAAUGGUACAUCUAUUAAAAAGAAAAAUAAAUUUUCCAUUUCUCUGCACAAUGCUUAUCCUUUUAACGGUGAAUCGAUAAACUAUAGUUUAUAGCAUACACUGCUUUUUCACUAUUAGCUUGUACGCACACACGUGGAAGAGCCCGAGGCAGGAAAGUGUUUACGUAAAGCGACACAAAACGAUUAGUUUCGUAGGCGUAACGUGGAAAACUGAACACAAUAGAAUUAUUUUAUAGUUUGGCAACAAAUUAAUUGGGGCAAUAACGGACAAACCACUUUUAGAAACUUCAUUUAUAUCGACGGUCCUAAAUAGAGUUUAGUUAGGUAGUGCUACAUACCAUUUGUAAAAGUAUGCGUGAGUAAGAGUCGUAGUAGGGGCAAAUGCGAGUAUGUAUAAUAAUAAUAACGAUAAACGAUACUUAACAAAAAGUUAACGAAACAAACAAACCGGUAUGAUACGCUUAGAUAUUUUGUAAGUGAAAAUUGAAUUAUGUACGUUCAUUGCUUACGAGGAAUAAUAAAUUCUGUGUCAUAGUGUAUGUAUAAUUAAUUUGUAGAAUUCGAUAAUUAAAACGCCGUCGAGAACUGUGUGUACAUAUUUGAAUAUGCAGUUCUCGAUCCAAUAAAAGUAUUCGACUGUAGACGAGUUGUGAUUGGGAAUCGUGAGCGAUCUUAUAAUUGUAAGUGAACGAAUCGCGCCAUUGUAUUUUCAAUUACAUUUCGAAUCAUUUCGAAACACCGUCUUUAUUGCCAUAAUUAUUACACUCCUAUUGUAGCAUCGAUGCAUCCUGAAAUCCUGAUGAAGCUAACUCGUGGUUGAACAAAAUCUAGAUAACUUUAAUAGAUAAUUUAAAAAAAAAAAAAAAGAAUUUCAUAAACUCUACUUUGAAUAGGCGGUGCGAAGUUAACGAAUAACCAGACUCGCACCCAGAGGUUUUUAACUGUUUCGAUAUAAAAUCGAACCGAGGAGAUGGAUGAAUCAGCAUAGAUAUGAAGAAAAAUAUAUGCAACUUACCCAGCGAAAGGAAUUUAGUGUAUACCAAUUCUCCUGUGGCGUGCCAAGUAUUCCAAACAAUUCGUACAUGCGAUUUAAAACUGAAACGAAGGAAUCUCGUAACGUUUCGAGAGAGAAUUCUUAGAAAUAAAUUACUUCUCCCGAGACAUAUCGUACCCAAGAAACCAAAAAUAUGUUUACCCAACUCGUCGAAAGCUUCGCGAAUUAUUCAUCGACGAAGUUGUUCCUCUUUAUUUCUUCUUUUUUUUUUUUUGUUCCAUGCCAUCCGUCUGAACUCCAUACUCUUUCGUUUAUCAAUGUCUUUAUUAUAAAUCCAUCGUGUAAAAAAAUACAUUCCCUUAUCCUAGACUGACUAGUUAGAACAGCAUCUUUUUUUUUCUCUCUUUUUGUACGCCAGAAUUUGUACCACUGAUGGAAUGCACGCGAAAACCGUAUAUAGCGGUGUUCAAGGUGAUAUGCUAUUCCGAACGCGAGGUACACACGCAAUAACAACACAGCUACAAAGAGACUUCGCAAUAAAAAUAAACGACACGGCCAGUGAGUGUACAAUAGAACGAUGGCGUUAAAUAUUAAUCGAGUCCGAAAUUGUACCUCUGCAUUCCUGUCUCGAACGACAAAAAGAAAAAAGAAAUACUGCACUUUUUUAACUCGGCCUUGAACACUAGACGAGGUAAACAUUACUCUAAAGGCUUAACAACUAAUUGGAAUCGUCGUAUUUACAGGUGCGAUAGGCCAAGCCAUUUUUAAAACGUUCAACUUUCGAUGAACUUUCUAUCAAAAUUUGGAAGGCUCCCAAUAUGUACGUACAGAACCCAACGAAACCGAUUGAAAUCUAUUUCUCGUGGAAUUGAUAGGAUCAAACGCGUUCGUGCAAUGGAAUUUACGGAAUCGCAACCUUCCCAAUUUUGAUAAAAUUACAAUUGUACGCAGAAUCCAUUGUGGAUGGUCGCAUCAGAGAGAGCAAAGAAAAAUUCAAGAUAGAGAGGCGUGAUGGUAGGCAGAAUCUUGUGAAAUUCGAAGAGAAGUAUCGGCGAAUGAGAUAAUAGAGAGAAAUUACGAUGAUCGUACAAACGACACUGAAAUGGAGAAAUGGAUGGAUUUCGAUGGACCGGCGUGGAUGGAGCGUGUUGUGGUUGUGGCCAGGUCAUGAAAUGAAGAACAACAGAAUGCAUUUAAUGAGCGAUUGUUUAUUAUGCUCUUAUGGUCACUUGUCGUACAGGUAACGAUGCUUCCUCAUGAGUGAAAAUAGUUAAUAUAUAUUAUGUUUUUGUAAUAUUCUUUUUAUAAUUAUUUAACAUUGAAUGGAAUAACUUUGAUGAUGAAAGAAUUAACAAUUCAAUGGAUGCAAAUAAAUGUGGUUAGAGUGUAAAGUAAUUAUUUUAAGAGUAAAAUUCAAAUGCUCUGUGAACUAAUCAUAUACAUACAUACAUGCAUACAUAUACAUAUGUAUAUAGACAUACAUAUACAUAUAUAUACAUAUAUAUUAAUAGUGGUGCCCAAAGUGGUCGCGGUAGGGUGAGAUUUACCCUGAAACCUAGGUUCUCAUUUUUUUUUUCUUUACAAACAUAGAAUUAUCAAAUAAAUUAAAAAAAUAAAAACGUAUCGUUUCGCGUUCUUGAUAAACAGAGACUUUUUUUUUUUUGCUUCGUAAUAUUCUUAGGCUUGCAAACAGCGUGAUGCAUACUCGUUUGUCGUCGCGUUCACUGAUAUCCGCGCAAACUUCAAUUCUCUUCGAUUUUCCAUUUACAUUUUCGACGGUUAGCAAAUUCAGCGUGAAAAUGUUUGAGAGACGAUGGGCGUGUAUAACGUCGGUUUAACGUCGAAAGAACGCAAGACGAACAUGCGACACUUUGCUUGUCGAAUUAUCGGUUCUCUCAUUUUACUAUUACUUCGAAAAAAAAAAAAAAGAAAAAAAGAACAGAACCCAAUCGACGAACCACAAUCUUAUUUACGUAUACACGCAUCCAUCGGAAAAAGAGUUUCACGCUUCUCAUUGGUAUUCGAUCCGUAAUAAUCGAGAAUUAUCGUUUGUGUGUGGACGAUACAAUCGAACGUAGAAAACUCUGUUGAAGAAACUGUCAACACAACUGCUUUGUGCUAGAUCAUAAUUACAACGUAUUUUUGUAGAAGGAAAAUCGUGGGGAAAUGACACACGGAGAAAUAGGUUUUCUCUUCGUUCGUAAAGAUUCUCUGUUAUUGUUAUCGUCGUGGACGAGUUUCUCUGUGUCGCGACGCACAGCCAACGCGACAUUUUCCUUGCUUUCUUUCCACUUUUUUUUUCGUGUUACCAAAAACAGAACGUAAAACGCGUACAAUGAGUUCCCGAUCGAUCCGUAUCACGGACAAAUCGACGACACAAGUAUAAUCACAACAUGUGCAUGUAUCUCAUAUAUGUAUAUUUUGUCCUAAAUUAUCGCUUUAGACGAUUCUCGAAUAAUUAACAGCCCUAAGAAUAGUUUUUUUUUUUGUUCGUCGAGAGAAUUUUAAUUUGCCUCUAAGUAUGUGUAUGUAUAAUGGUAUAAUGUGUACAUAUAUAUAUUUAUAUAUAUAUUUACUCUUUCUCUGUUUAUAUAUAUACAUAUAUAUACGUAAUAUAUCUUUGUCUCGAAAGAACAAUGCUCUACUCUUUUGCUGCUCAACUUAGCGAUUAAUUAAAUAUAGAGUCUCGAUUAAAUCUAAAAUUCCUUGAUUAACCAUUUUCAUAGCUAAAUCGCAAUACCCUUUUCGGAGGCGGGACCCUCGGAAUAUAUAUAUAUAUAUAUGUAUGUACAUAUACAUAUAUAUAUUUAUACACACGCAUACAUUUAUCUUCCUCUCACAUUAUCUCUCUCUCUCUCUCUCUAUCUCUCUCACUUUCUUACAUGCGACACGCACACACACAUGACAAUAUAUAUGUACAGUGAGUUUCGAAAGUAUUCCUAUUCCCUCGAUUACCGACCUCAGAUCGUUAAUAUAUUAUUUAAGAUAAAUGUUACAGUAUCAAUAUCACUAACGAUCCCAUAAAUUAUCUCAAAAAACAACAUCAACAAUUUGAAGUCUCCAGAGGCAGUAGAAAUACCCCUGGGACUCGCUGUGUAUAUAUUAAAAAAUACAAUUUUGCUCGCUACUCUUUAUGUACCGUUUUUUCAUUCUCUAUUAUGUAUGUAUAUCCUGACGGAAAGAAACAAAACGAGAUAGACAGACAACCGAUCGACCGUGUGACACAUGUGUCGAUUACCCGCGGCCAGUCGACAAAACGAGGAUUUUGCGUCGAUCGACACCGAGUACUUUUUUCAUCGACAAACCCGAUCAACCUUUUCGGCGAUGGAGUUUGCCUACGUCAGAUAAACUACAGCAGCUUCGUAGUCGUAAACCACUUGUAAUCGAAUCAAGAUCAACUGACUGCUCAAAGUCACCGAGGAGAGAGAGCCACCUCCCCAUUCUUCUUCCAACUGUAUACAGUACAACCUCGAUACUUGCACGCGAGCCUCAUUGUGUUGGCGAGUAGAAGGGAUGCUCAUUAAGCAACGAGUGAAACGGGUACCGGAAGCCUUUUGUUUUAGACGGAAGCAGAUUGUUGGUAAUUGAUUAACGCGAUGAUCACGAGCAGGGCCGUGAUAUGAUUGGGGAGGAAGGAACCAAAGGAGCCCCUUCGAACAGUAAAAUUGAUUCAAGUUUUUGAUGUUCUAAUAAAUUUUCCUCCCCAAUUUGAUUAUAAGUCAUGAAUGGAAGUACAUGUAUCGUGAAAUUGGAACUCUUUUUAUAGAGGUAUUUACCGCUCGCAGGAUUUUUCAGCUUCGUUUUUCUGCAACUAUCGAGGUCUCUACUGUACCGUUGGAAUACCUCCGCCCCCGUCUGUCUGAUUUGGGGUAGGUCUUCUCUCCGAGCGUCAGUGUUUCAGAGACAGAAAUGGAAAACCUGCGUGCACGGGCGUUCUCUGUCUCUGAAACAAAGAGCCAAGCUCAGGUAUGGCGCGAAAGUAGAAAUUUCUGCUUGGCGCUAUUCACGCUAAACGAUGCAGUGACUUCGAGCAACCACUUGAUUUCGUUCCGAUAACAGUUUUCUUAACGCGUUCGUCUGCCCGCACCUGGAACCGUCAACACAACUCAAACGUCUAGAAAAUUGUUUACGUUUUCGUAGCAAUAAAUAUUCUAACUCCUAGCCUAACUACCACGGUAAUACGCAUCAGAGUCGCUUGGAUCGUUAGAUCAGACUUCGAAAAAGCUCUCGACUCGACCGUAUGGACGGCGUUAGUAGUCGUGUAUUCGGAACGGACUCCUCGAUCGAAACUGUCUGAACUCACAGUGAGUUAAGUAAAUAUCCGUAUCUCGCCAAAUUGUCGACUUUAAGGGGAUUCGGAUUUCUCGAGAACACGAACUUUACAAUUCUUAAUGCUUCGGAAUGUCUUAUGUAUCCAGUGUAGCGAAAAUGGCGCCAAUUCUACCCACAAAUACAUACGAACAUUCCUCGUGACGUUAAUUCCGCUAUAAUUUACCCACGUUCCCAUUUUCGUUGCAUCGAUUCUUUAUGUACCAAUAGUCUGCCAAUCGAACGGAUUCUGGCUGAUAAGGAUUCGAAAACUUGCGUUCUAAACAAAAAUAUCAAUCGCUCGAAGUCGAGGAUCGAGGAGGGAGGAGACACGAAUACUCGAGUGACUUACUGUGCAUGUGCGUCCGUGGACAGUGAACGUGUUAAGACUUAACCUUGUCGAUACUAUCGGCACAUAUAGACGCUUGAUUUUGCUCUAAUAAUAAUCUCCGUCGAAGCCUUGCCUUCUCUUUGCAACGACACGACAGUCGAAUGAUUCAAUUGGUUUUAAAUAAUACAGAGAAACGAUAACCGCGAGGAUCACGCGAACGUUGUAAUAAGGGCAGAAGAUUUUUACCGCACGAACCCGAUAGAUAGAAACUAUACUCCCCACUAGAUAGAAACUAGUUUGUUUUCUCGCUGUCGAAAGAACGAUGUCAGGUUUUAACCCCUAGACGACCGCAACACUACCAUAACGUUCUCUUUUGGCCACAAACACCGUGCUAGCUGGUACUCGAUGUACAGUAAAUUCCUGUAUCAACGUGAGUUUCUACGACACACGAAAGAUAUUCUUUUUUUUUUUAUGUAACGCAAUGCUUGUACAACGCGUUAUAUAAUUUAUUCGUGUUAUAUAAGGAAAAUUCUUGUUUCCCAAUGGCAUUACAAGGGAACCUGCUGUAUUAAUUUAUUUUAAUUUUCAUGGGUUACUUAAGCACUGUUAUCGACGAUAUUUCUGUCACGUUGGAACGAGAAGUCACUUGAAUUACACGUACAAGUACGAAACGUAACCGAAGAAAACAACUCGGUAACGCAUCGCUCAUUUGCUGUAAUUAUGAGUUAGAAUUUUGCACGAUUGUAAUUGCCUAGGAACGUCGCAGUGGAAAUGCCAAAUUGGUAAGAUAAGAUACCGAACUAGGCCAGAAGCAUGCAAUAUCGUCUUUCAGUGUCAUGAAUGCUCACUUUUGUUAGCGUUCUGUCUAUAUUCGUAUCUCGAACAUUUAUGGGUGUUGCAGCAAAUGAUCGAUAUGGAAUAAUAGUCGCGUACAUCUAAUAAUUUUGUUCGUGUUUCUUCCCGGAAUAGAAAUAAUCUCGUAAGAUUAGAAUUCGUUUCGAUCGUAGUUAAAAGUUUCGUGACAUAUCGCGUACGGAAAUAACUCUUGUGGUUCUAAUUGCUUCAAUAAAAACACAGCGAUUUUAACUCGCGACGAGGUCAGUUUACUAAACGCUCGUUUAGGGGUUAAACCUUCAAAGUAUGUACACAACAUCGGAAUAACCAAUACUGAUGCGAAUCUUUCGAAGCGGAAGGAUCUCUGUCUAAGAACCUCCGUGUUAAAGUGCCACGAUGUGCGCACACGGUCGUCGUCCUCCUCUUAUCAUUAUCACUUUAUAGCCGAAGGAAUGUAAGGUACAAUACUUGACGAACGAGUCCCUCUAUAUAUGUGGUACCUUUUUUUUUUCUUUUAUCUGUUUCUCGCAGCCAGCUGCUCUCGAAAUUCGAAAUACUCGUAAGAAGAUAAUGCUAUUUUUAUUUAUUUUCAUUUAACGCGACCGAGCAUCGUUUGGAUGUCGGUUGCGGUCCUUAAUCAAGGUAAAGCACAACGCGCGGCACUGCGUUUCGCGUGAAACCUCCUGUCUAGUACACUUCGUUAUAUGUGUGUAUAUACAUGUCAAUAUAAAUACAUAUAUAUAUACACAUAUAUCUUCUUUUUCUGUUUAUAUUCGUUUGUGUCCAUUUGCGUGUAUUAGGCAUGCAACAAUUCGCGUUAUACAACUGUAUAAUAUUCCUUUGUGUGUUGUGUGAGUGUUCAAUGAUGUCGAGUCGUUUCAAUGAACAUGAAUUCGUGCACACGCGCACCUUUCUCCGGCCGCGUGUACAUAAUUUUCUUUAUUCUUGUUUUUUUCUCCGCGACUUGGCGACUUAUUAACUCUACUUAUACUCAACAAGGUACUUAAUAGUUUUUUUUUUCUUUUUCCAUUCCUCGCCGUCUUUCUUUUCAUUAAAUCCCCGAGCUACUAUGCGCUACUUCUACCGCGAACAACGCAACAAUCUCAUCAAUGUUCCUCGAUUAUUAUUCUUCAUCAUAUAUAUGUAUAUAUAUACUUCUUUCUUGUUGUUUACGCACACGCACACACCCACGCAAACCACGCAAACAAACGAACACACGCACACCGAAUUUUUCAUCUCUUUAUAGAUAGGCUUAUCCAAAAUAAUAUACCGUGUGUAUUAACAAUCUAACGCUAAAAGUCUCACUUCCAAUAAAAUAACAUUACAAUACACUUUUGUACAACCGUAUUUUUUUUUCUCCUUAUUUUACUCGUAACGAGUGAUUCCUAGUCGUGUUUAUUAAAUAUGUUCUCUAUCUCUCCUUUUCGUUACAUUCCCUCUGUUUUCACUGUUUCAUUUUAAAUAGAAUCUUAUCUCGAAUAAAUUCUCUCGGUUUGCUCGCUCGUUCUACGUUUCUCGAGAAAUCGUAAAAAAAGCUCCUGGUCGCUCGACCCGGAGGAUUUCACGAUUUCAAACGUUGUUAUGCAUUGCUGUUUUGAAUACAUCGAUUGCUUUUCCAGAGUAUCGCAAUGCAGAUACAUACAGAGCAAUUCGCAAAACGUGGCAAGAAUAUUAAAAUUAUAUAAUUCAUAAAAGUAAUAAAUAACUAUCGAUUUGAUUUUUGCCGUAUCAUUUGUAGGUUCUGAGCCAUUACUGAAUACCUAUUGAAGUUGUUCGCAUAAGAAACCAUGUCAUCUUCUGUUAACCCCUUGACGCACAGACAUUUGUGGCGAAUAUAAACUAUGAAACUUAACACACUCCUUUCCAGAUAAUCGAGGAAGUUUUUUAUGCACAGCGCUUAAUACAUUUAAUAUAUAUCCAUAUAAAUAUAUCUGUAUAUAUUCAACGUAGUAACAUAUUACCCUCGUGCUUCAAAGGGUUAAAGAUUAUUCCUUUAAACGAUACAAACGUUCACCUGAAUUAUCUUUAUCAUUUUUAUGUAACGAUUUAUCGCUCAUAUUUCAUGAAAGACUCCGUAUGGCGAAACCCGGACAAUCGAAAACGAACGAGUCAAAAACAGAGAAAGUGUCUGAGAACAGGUCGAUGAUCGUUUUUGUUCUGUAUGUGCGUUUUGUUUACUUUUUCCUUUCUUUUGCAAUUACAGAUUCGCCAAAACGCGACACGGCUGUAUACAAAAUGGCAACUCACAAGUGGGUUCGAAAGUUUUCGCGUACAAUGUACGCGUUUAUACAUGUAUGUUGUAGCGUCUAAAUGAAAACAUCCGGUGAACCAGUUCAGCGUAUUUUUCAAAGACUUAAUUGUGGGUUUCCUCGACAAGCUUUUGCUGCACUUUCUUUUUCCUCUAUGUAUAACGAUUAAAGUUUUGCUCUAUUGUCUCAUCAAUGCAACGCGUACGAUUUUAUUUUCACCGCCAUCUUUGUAACGACCAUACGUCUCUUAAUAUGUAUAUCAAUACUCCUUAACGCGUAACGUUACACAUUUACAUCAAUGUUUCGUUAUUUUUAAUUUUUUCUUUCUUUAUUUCUUUAUUUUUUUUUUUAAAUUCCCUUCGACUAUUGUAAAUUUCCAUCUAGCUUCGUUAUAGCGAAACAUUGCAAAAAGUGGCAGUAAAAAGAAUCGUCCGAAGAAUAUAACAAUUCUUAAAGCGUUCGAAUGCAACGUUUCGUCGGAAACAAUGGUAGCCUCGAAAAAGGAAAAAGCACGUCUAACAAACAUCACGGUGUCUCUAUCGAAACGUUUCGUCGCUGUAACAGAGGCCUGCGUCGGUUUUUAUCGCAUUCUAAUUCCGGCGAAUUGAACGCACACCGAACGAACAAGCAAUGGAGAAUUUGAUUUACAAGUAAAGCCAUUGCUCGUUUUCUGUUUUCUUUGUUUGUUUUUUUUUCAUUUUCUAACUAGAAGAAUAAUCCGCGCGUCGAAACGCGUCGUUCGCCUAAUCGAGAAACUGUUGCAUUAUUUACAGAAAGAAUUUCCAUCGCUACGUUACGCAAACGAAAAAGAAAAAGAAAGAAACUCGAGGAUGCGGAUCGAACAAUUCUUGUGUCUUGUCGUAUCGUGAUAAAUCAUUAUUACAUACAGUAACUCUCGCUUCUAUGCACCCCGAAUCGGUUCCACUCGUGUUUCUAUACAUCCAGUGAAGAUAGCAAUAUCGUUGCAUGCACAAUAGAACCUCGAUUACUGCACGGGAGGCCUCCAUCAUCGCGUGUUGUCGACGAGCAGAGGGGAUGGUCGCUAAGCAACAAGCAGAGACGGGCAAAAUUUUAUAAUAAUAGACGAACAAUAGAUGAAUGAAAACACAGUACACCGAUCAUUUCAUUUUUCGCAAGUCCCCUGUUUAUUUGACAAAUAACGGAUAAAAAGUCGCGCGUCUUUUAUUCGUUAUUGGAAAUUAUCGCCUGGACGUGUAUUUUGCCUAUCCCUGGCAGAAAAAUUGAUAUUAUACUGACUCGUUACUUCGAUUAUUGUAGACAUUUACAAUCCAUAUGUCGUCCAAUGAUCGAGGUUCUAUUGGAUCAUCUGACGCGACAGAUAAUGGGAUAUGUACAUUAAAAGUGAACGGGAUAGAGCAAUGCCAGCGAGCUUGGACAGGUAAACAUCAUCGCUCGCGGGAUGAGAUGUCCACUAAUCAACAUUUCUAUUUUUAUACAUUUCAUUGCGUCUUCGUGAGAGUAUCGCGAACGAAUGGACAAGGUUUGUAUCACGAAAGUGAGUCCAACAGAAACCUCGGUCGGAUUAUCUUUAAUUAUAAAAAAUUGGAAGAUUUUCACAAGUGAAAAAAUAGCCCGAAUGAAGUCGUGUUUGGAUUCAAUUUCGCCAAAGAUACGUCACCAAUUCGUAGGGGAUACUCUCGUGAAGAUACCUCUGAUGUUCAACACAAACAUUGAUUUUAACGAAUAAAUUAUUGAAUUUUUUUAUAUUCCUUUAGACACUCUUCGCACAUAUGUUCCACUAAUUGUAUUAAUAAAUCUCUUAUGCCUUCUCUAUAAAACAUCACAGGUAUAACGAGAACUUUUGAUGUUUACCAAAACCGUGUGAAUAUUAAUUAGUGGACGACACUACCCCAUCCGCGACCGUUUCCCAUCUGUGGCUGCUGUGGCAAUGGCACUGUCUUCGUUUCCCACUUGUGCGAGUAAAAUUCGGUGGCAUACAAGCGUAAGGUACUGUGUUCCUAUUAACUUAAAUCCCUCUGUAGCUGUGUAACAAUUCUUUGUACACUGGCGACAACCUAAAUAAUCAAUAUACAGGUGGUGAAUGUUUUAUAAUACUUUGUAACGAUUAUAUAUAUAAAUGUAUAUGUAUAUAUUUAUACAUAUAUAUUUAUAUAUAUUUAUAUAUAAUGUGAAAUAAAAUGUAUUCCGACUUUAUUCAAAACAACCUGCUUUAUAUUGCAGAAUAUACACAUCUUUAACAACACGUUCUACCGUUAAAACGUCAACAAGUGUGGCUGAUGGGAUAUCAAUAUGGCACUAAAGUGAUUAGGUGGUGUGUGUAUGUGUGUGUAUGUGAAUGUGCGGAAAAGUAAUUUGUUCUCUUUUCCGUUGUAUUAAAUAUUCAUCGACCCUUCCUUUAGCGUAUUUCCAUUUUCGUACGAAUAUUUAUUACUUAACGAUGAAUCAUCGUUAUUCUUCCUGUUUAUUUCUUUUUUCUCUCCCCCUCUUUGUUUCGUUCUGUAAAGGUAACUGGAUUCUAUGCGAGUGGAGUGAUGGAUGAUGGAACAUGAGUUAUACGAUGUAGCCUAGCACACACAGCCAAGUAACGUGACACGCAAAACCACCCCCGCGUGGCGACACGUGUGUCAAAAUUGAAUCAUAUUUACUGUAAUAAUAUAGUCAUAUUAGAGUCGAGGCAAGUCGAUGCAAUUCCUACAGUUUUUUUUUUUUCAUCGUUUCUCCCUUUGUUUUACUAUACAACUACGUUUCCACGUGCGAGAGAGUAUAAUUACUUUUAUCCAUUCCGUAAAUAUUUCGUCUCGUAUUAAUUGGAUUAAAACGUCGAGCCUGUAACGACCACUUUUAUAUGAAAUUUCAGACUAUCUACAACAUCUAUACCUAUUAAUCGUGUACGAUUAUUCCACGACGAUUAGAGGUCGCGUGAUCAUCUUUACAUAGAGAAUGAACAAUGAAAUCUACCUUGAACUGUACAAAGACGAAGCGUUGUAUGCGUUAAAGAUCCUUCCAAAUACGUUUGCCGACUUAAUUAGUCUCUAACAGUGUGUUUUCUCGUUAAACAACUCGUAGGUAACAUUGACUGGCCAACCAAUACUGUUCUUUUUGCCACUUUGAGUAGAGGUAUUCAUGUGUAUACAGGGUGUCCCAGAAUUAAUGUAGGAACCGGAAAUGGGAGGUAGCUGAGACGAUUCUGAACCACAAUUUCGCAAAGGAAAUUGUCGUUCAGAAUCGUCUCAACUACCUCCCAUUUCCGGUUCUGACACUAAUACUAAGUCACCCUCUGUAUUUUUUUUGCCGAUGAAAAGACGGAAAUUGUUGAACGCGCGACAAAUAGAUUCAACUCAACGCGACACGCGAAAUCUGAGAAUGUAAAGUGAAGUAUUCGAGAUUGAUCUUUGCUCAAACGUGCGAACAAUAAACUUUUUUAAUGCACAGUUAGUUUUACUACCCGAUGAACACUUAGGAUUCUUUUCUAAUAUCGACGACACUAACAUUGUACGGACGUAGAAAUUGCAAAAAGGAAAUACAUACUUAUAUUUAGACUGACUGAUCGCUAUGGUUUUUGUAUACGUAUCUCUUUUUUUUAUUUCUUAGCAAUAAUGCAAGAAGAUCGUAACGUUUCGAACAAUAACAACGGGAAACGGAUAUCGCAAGAUCGUCCGUGACAUCUUGACAGAAUCUUAUAGAUGUCAUUGUGCAUAAAAUUUUGCUUUUCUGCGUGUUCAACGCUAACACUGCUACGUUACGCAGAGAAAUCAUCCGUUCUUGUUUACUCCUUGGCGAUGAACUUUUUUCGUAUGCCAUCGAGUUACUUUUCCUGCGCAAAUAAAUUCUCUAAUUUAACACGCUACCAAUCGUAUCGUGGCAUUUUUUUUUUCAUGUACUGGCAGCCGAUGAACAUAUCCCUCAACUCCAUCACAGCUAGUCUUAUACGUAAUCUGUUCUACUAAGGAAUGUGUUUACUGAGAAAACCGUAACCUAAUCUAAUUACCUUGUGCUACCUACAAGUUGUUUUGGCAUGGAGAUUUAAUCGCGAGAAUAUGCUACUUUUUUUUAUCAAUGCGCAUGAAUAAUUUGAUACCUAUACAUCGAUCGAGUCGAACGAAGAUAAUUGCUUUGAUUUUCGUUUACGAGAAAUCAGGUGAGAGAAAGUCGCGAUAACGAUUGUUCAAUGUAUCGAUAAUAUUAAAAAUAUUGCAGCUCUCUGAUGACGUAACACUGAAUACGUUAAUUCAUUAGAACGAAAUAUUCUGCGUUAAAAAAAAAAAAACAUAUUUCCUUGCUUAUAAAAAAAAAAAAUUAAAAAAAAUGUAAAGGAAGAAAACUGUUACUUGUAACAAGCACAAAGUAUGUAGAAACCCUUGUCGAAGCGAAGCUAAGUUUUUAAUCUACUUUAUAAUGUACAAAUUUAGUGCGUUGCUAGAUUUAGGUACACUAGUACAAGUAUUCGUGAGCAUUACGCAUGACAGAAGUAUGAAUCGAUGCAUAAAUUAAGAUAUCGAAUUUUUUUAGUACAUCUUGUUUUACUCAAAUCAUUUCGAACACACCUGGCUAUCAGCAGUCAACGAGUGAGUUAUAAAGUAGAAAUAAUAAUAAUAAUAAUAAUAAUAA